ACACACACUGGCUGUUUCCAGGACCCACGAUGACAGCCGUCGCGAGAUUAUGCGGGAUCCUUGCGGCGUUCUUCACGCUGGUGUCCGCCCAAUCCGCCGCUGUCGUGGUUGAAGUAUCGCCGGUGGUACAUGUCGCAGCCCCAUUCUCGGCUCUGGUGCGGCUACCGCCAUCCUACGCUGCCACCGGCCGUACCGAGGCCAAGGCAAGCCUUGUUGACGCCCAAGGAGGGGAGAAGGAGUUGGUGAAACAAAAGCUGAAAGUCUCUGCCGGUGGAGAGGUGUUCUUGGAGCAUAAGCUGGAGGGGCUGCUUAUCGGGUCGAUCGGAACAAGCACCAUACGUGUGCGCGUUGGUGGAGAAACACAGGAUGUGCGAGUCACGUGCGUGCCUGGGUUGGUGUCGUUGUUGCCUCCUCUGGUUACUCUGGCCAUCUCUAUCUUGUACCGACAGGUGCUGGUUGCGCUGCUCGUGGGCAUCUGGGCGGGAGCCCUGCUGGUGUCCGGCUUCAACCCCCUGGGGGCGUUCCUUCGCACUUUCGACACAUACUUCGUAGGCGCCUUUGUCGGGGAGGGUAACGCGGAAGUGCUGCUGUUUACGUUCCUGCUCGGGGGCACGAUCGGAUUGGUGCAGAGGAGCGGCGGUGCGCUGGGCCUCGCGAACGCGCUCAAGGGGUUCAUGGGCACGAGGACACGGGGGCAAGUCUGCACAGUGGCCUUGAGCUGCCUAAUUUUCUUCGACGACUACUCCAGCAUUCUUAUCGUGGGGAACAGCCUUCGGGAUGUCGUGAGAACUGUUGGGGUCAGUCCUGAAAAGUUCGCGUGGCUGGUGCACAGUGUGGGCGUCGCGCUGGCUUCACUGUCUCCCAUCUCGUCUUGGGUGGGGCUCCAGAUCGGGUACACCGCCGCGGUAUUGGACUCGCUCGGGGUUUCGCCACCGCUGGACGGCUUUCUCGUCGUGCUCCGCUCCCUGCCCUUCCGCUUCUUCCCCCUCUUCUACCUCUUGCUCAUCAUCAUCGUGCUCGUCAGCGGCAAGGAUUUCGGGCCGAUGGCCAGUUCCGAAGACAGAGGUGGUAGCGCUGUCGGCGGCGAUCCAAAUGCGGAGUCCCCAGCAUCGGGUUCCCAGCUCGAGGGUGAUGCUGCUGACGGAGGCGGGGGGGACGGGGGUAUAACCCCGAAGGCGGGGACCCCGCUGCGGUCUAGAAACGCUCUGGUUCCUUUUGCGGCUGUGAUUGGCGUGACCUUCUUGGGCAUGAUCCUGGAUGGCAUCUCGAAGAUCGAAGCUGCUGGGAACGAGGUCCCCAAAACGAUGGUAAACAUUCUGAGCAGCUGCGACAGCGUGUCGGUACUCAUCUGGGCGAGCGCGGCCGGCUGGCUGACUUCCUUGGUGUUGGUGUGUGGCCAAGGCAUCCUCACUCUUCCAGAAGCCAUGGAGACCUGGAUGGAGGGCAUGAAGGAGGUAUUAGAACCGCAGUUCGUGUUGGUGCUAGCGUGGGCCUUGGGACAAGUGGUGAAGGACGUGCAGACUGCUGAGUACCUCUCUGGCGCCUUGGAAACAGGCAUCCCUCCCUACAUGCUCCCGGCACUCAUCUCGGCUCUGUGCUACGUGAUCUCGUACGCGUGUGGGAGCACGUUCGGGACCAUGGGCAUCGUGUUCCCCCUUGUGGGUCCCUUGGCGUGGCGAUUGGGGAACGGUGACAUCGAGUUUCUCCACCACUGCUUCGCCUGCAUCCUCGGCGCGUCCAUAUUCGGCAACGUGUGCUCGCCCAUAUCGGACACCACCAUUCUCACCUCUCUUGCAACCGGUUGUGGACUGGGAGAGCACGUCCGCACGACCAGCCCCUACACGUUCAUUGUGGCCGCUCUGUCCAUCAUUCUGGGAAGCAUACCAGUGGGGAUCGGCUUGUAUGGCCCCUGGGUAGCGUUGUUGUUGGGAACAGGGGUCAUGGCGGCGCUAGUGUACGGCCUGGGAAAGGAACCCACAUCCAGCACAAGCUCGAAGAAGGCCGCGUAAGAAUUAGCUGCUAAGAAUGCACGGGAGGAGAGCAUGGAAUUCACGAAUAAAGUUGCUGCGGCUGGGUUUGAAGGAAAUCCCGCGCAGUACUUUUCGAUGUAACGUCUUCUAGGGUACUAGUGUUGUUGGUGGAUCGCAGUUCAAUGCCCGUAAACUGAUAAAAAGAGCGGAGGAAAAGGACUGCGCUCGGCCACCUAUACUGCUGUGUAGUACUUUUUAUGUUUUGUGUUUUUGUUUGAUUCAGCGAAAAGAGUAUUGGUGAUUAUGGUGCUGUUUUCAACAAUGAACGAGCCUCGUUGUGGGCAUGAAUUUUCCCUCCGAUAUCGGUGAGUGUCAGUUGGGCCAGCGCGAUUGUUGGAAGGCACGUGAGCAGAGAUUUUUGAUGUGGAAGACAAUACAACAACAACAACCAUUCCCAUCAUUUUUCUUGGACAACACGAAGAAGGUCUAGGCUGUGCUGCACCCGAGACAGUUGGUCCUCCUGGAGACAGAUGUGUUCAAGUCUUUUCGAAGAGAAAGAGUAUUUGUGGUCACCGCAAUGCAUCAUCUAGAGACGUCCCAGAUGGGCUUGACAACUGUAGUGUUUGUAGGCGACUGGAGUGCAUGAAACUCGUUCCAGGCGAAGAUUUUGGAGAUGACAUAGCAGCU